AUGCCCUCUGACUUGCGCCCGAGUCAGGAUGCGCAUAGACCCAACAGCCAUCAGCAUCAGCCGCUAUUAUCAGGGGGAGACAAGCGUCACAGUCAGAGUUAUGAAGGCGAUGGGAGGCCGACUCUAGGCUCCCGGCAUUCGACACAUUUUCGCGAAAGAGAUCCCCCCAUUGUGGAAAGCAAAAAUGACACCCGAACAAGAUACACAUAUGCUGCGGCAUUCCUACUCCUCAGUCUGGUGAGCUUUGCUGUGCAGACAGAGACAGCAGUAUACAUUCAGCAUGACUUGCAUUGGAAUAAAGCUUACUGUAUGCUGUACUUCACACAUGGCUCCUGGUCCCUGCUGUUCUUCGUACAACUGCUCAUCCUAAGGCUUCAGAAAUGGUCACAGCCAUGGGAUGCUUUCUGGAGACGACACAUGUCUAUUCAACGAUCAACCGCGCAGAUGAUCGAGCAUAGGACCCUGAACGUUCCACCGCACCUGCGGAAGAAGUCGCCUUGGCCGUAUUUCAUCAAGACAACUUCCUACGUCACAUGCGCUCUGACAGUGGCAGGAGGCAGCUGGUAUGUCGCAGUAGAUUUGACCACCGCCAGUGACCUGACAGCAAUAUACAACUGCUCUGCAUUCUUUGCUUAUGCCUUCGCCAUUCCACUCCUUGGCGAGAAGUUGCGGAUCGGUAAGGUCGUGUCAGUGGGCAUUGCUAUCGUCGGCGUCCUCGUGGUAGCUUAUGGCGAUGUCGGCCAUCCGAAGCACGGCAACAAAUCUGGCGGAGGAGCUGGAGGACCGUCUGCGCCCGAUAGCUCCGAAGCAUCCAAUCGAGCUCUCGGGAAUCUAGUCAUUGGCGUGGGCAGCGUACUCUAUGGCUUCUACGAAGUUUUGUACAAGCGUGUGGCAUGCCCACCUGAGGGCUGCUCACCUGGCAGGGGCAUGCUAUUCGCCAAUGCUUUCGGGUCCAUGAUCGGGACCUUCACCCUUCUUGUACUCUGGAUUCCUCUCCCGAUUCUGCACAUGACUGGAAUCGAGAAAUUUGAAUUGCCCCGAGGUGAGGCGGCAUGGAUGCUGGCGAUCUCGGUGCUUUCAAAUGCUACUUUCAGCGGAUCUUUCCUGGUUCUGAUAUCGCUCACCUCACCAGUAUUGAGUUCUGUCGCCGCGCUGCUUACAAUAUUCUUGGUUGCGCUUUGCGACCAGAUGCUACCGCCUCCUCUUUACAGUCCGCUUACAGGAGCGGCGAUAGCGGGCGGCUGUCUGAUCAUUUUUGCUUUCUUACUCUUGAGCUACGCCACAUAUAAGGAGAUGGAGGAAGAGCAUCGCAAGAACACCGAGGAAAUGGUGGAGGAUACAAAAGAUUGA